CCUCAGAUUAAAUUAUCAAUCGCAGUUUUGAGUGUUGAACGACAUGUCUGCCGUGUUGACGGCAUUUGAAUUGACCGAAUUGACGUGUCCCCGUCAUAACAAUGGCGGAUACAGCGGACGAAGCUCUUCUGGGCAGCUGGGACCAGGAUCUAGCUGAGGCUCUGGACUCGGGCGGCUCUGACAUGGAGAUGGAGAGAAGCAUCAUCCAGGUCCAGGAGCAUUCUGCUGAACACAGGGCCAAAAUGUGGAAGAUCGCUCUAAAUGUCUCUGGAAAAGGAGACAGCCUGUCUCCCUGGGACGGCGUCCUCGAUUUACCAGAACAGACCCUCAUUCACAACCGCAGUCAACAGCUGAUUGACCAGCUGAAAGUAUCAGAAGAAGAGAGGCGAGAUAUGGUGUCUGACGUUGAGUCAGUCAUCACGUUCUACUGCAAGUCCCGCAACAUUUCCUUCACCCCAGAGCUGAGCUGGCCGCACCUGCUCAAACCACUGCUGGGGCUUCAGCUCCCCCGCAGCGACCUCUACAACUGCUUCUACGCUGUCAUGAACAAAUACAUCCCCAGGGACUGCGUGCCAAACGGCCGGCCCUUCCACCUGUACAGACUACUGCUGCAGUACCAUGAGCCAGAGCUCUGCUCUUUCCUGGACACCAAAAAGAUCACACCUGACUCCUACGCCAUCAACUGGAUGGGAAGUCUGUUUUCCAGCCACUGCCCUCCAGACGUCACCCAGGCCGUGUGGGACUGCUACCUCCGGCAAGCGGACCCCUUCCUCAUCUUCUUCCUCAUGCUCAUCAUCCUCGUCAAUGCCAAAGAGGCCAUCCUUUCAGACGAUGGAAGCAGCAAAGAGGACAUCAUCAAAAUGCUGGAAGCGUCUCCUUCUCACCUGGAAUCGGAGGACAUUGAAGAUUUGUUUUCUCUGGCCCAGUAUUACCAGAGCAAGACCCCUCUGUCUCUCAGAAAGAUGAACCAAAACCUGUUUGGUAGCAGCCUGGUGGCUCUGAAAGAAGAGGACACUGACCUGAGUCAGGCACUGUGUCUCCCUGUGUCUGUCCCUGAGAUCCUGCAGGCCAACCAGCUGCAGCAGGAUGGGGUACGUUUCUUUGUGGUGGAUUGCAGGCCUGCAGAGCAGUACAACGCUGGGCACCUGUCCACGGCCUUCCACCUGGACUCCGACCUGAUGCUCCAGACCCCGUCUGAGUUUGCUCUCUCUGUGAAGUCCCUGUUAGAAGCUCAGAAGCAGUCUUUGGAGUCGGGCUCCAUUGCCAGCGGAGAGCACCUGUGCUUCAUGGGCAGCGGCAGGGAGGAGGAGGACAUGUACAUGAACAUGGUGUUGGCCCACUUCCUGCAGAAAAACAAAGAAUAUGUCAGCAUUGCUAAAGGAGGUUUCAUGGCCCUCCAAAAGCAUCUGGUAGACAUGAAUAUUGAGGGUCUCGACUCGUCCUACAUCCACUGGAUCGUCAGCACGUCUGGGUCUCACAGCAGCCUCAGCUCUGCUGAUGGAGAGUCACUAAGUAGUCCUGGAGACGGCAAAGGCGUUAAGUCUUUGGUCAACAAAAUGACAUUUGCUCUCAAGUCCAAGUCAGUGAAUGUAAAAGAGAAGAUGAUCAGCUUCAUCGAGAACACCGCCACCCCCGUAGACAGAAUGUCUUUCAAUCUGCCCUGGCCAGAGAAGGUGAUUCCAGAUCGGCACGUGAGCAGCAGCGACCGCGUCGGCAAACCUUACCGGGGGGUGAAACCUGUUUUCAGUAUUGGUGAUGAGGAGGAGUAUGAUACAGAUGAGAUCGACAGCUCAUCCAUGUCAGACGACGACAGAAAGGAGAUUGUCAACAUUCAGACCUGGACAAACAAACCAGACGUAAAGCAUCACAUUCCAUGUAAUGAGGUGAAAGAAACUGGCCACAUGUUCCCAAGCCACUUGUUGAUCACAGCAACUCACAUGUACUGCCUGCGGGAGAUCGCCUCGAGGAAAGGCUUUGCCUACAUCCAAUCCAGACAAGCACUGAACUCUGUGGUGAAGAUCACAUCCAAAAAGAAGCACCCAGAACUGAUUACAUUCAAGUUUGGCAGCAACAACUCAACUGGAGUGGAGAUAUCAGCAGUUGAGAGAUAUUUGAUACCCAACGCAGGCGAUGCCACCAAAGUCAUUAAGCAGCAGAUUAUGAAAGUCCUAGAUGCUCUGGAGAGCUCGUAAAGGGAGACGCCGGGGCCGUGAUGGCCAGCUGUGACACAAACUGUAACGAGAGUCUCUGUCUGCCCAGAGUGAAACCUUCUCCCGCUCUCCCUCGGGCGUCCUCCCUGCUGGAAGCACCGCUGCAGUGUUGACUGUGAAGCCCUGUGUGUCAGUGUUCGGGACAUGGCGGGCUCACUGCUGGCCCUGGGCCUGUGGGACAGGCUGUGAGUGUUGAAAUACUUCACGGUCGUCCAGCCAUUCUCUUUCACUAAGUUAAAAAAAAAAAAACAAUAUUGGUUUUACUGUAUGUUUUUCUUAAUCAUU